UGUCAUAUUUGUCUGCUUCAUAUUCGGGUUCAGCUAGCACUUGCUUAGCUUAGCUUAGCACAAAGACUGGAAACAGAGGGAAACAACUAGCAUGGCUCUGUCCAGAGGAAUUAAAAUCCAACUACCAACACCACAAGCUCAUUAAUUAAAGGGACACUUUGUCAAUUUUCAACCAUCUCUGUGUUGUCGCAGUGUGUGCAGAUGAGUUAUGUUUGGCUUUCCUUAUAAAAUGAAUCGUCAUUGUUACACUUUGGCUAAGGAAUGUCUUUUUGGUUAAUUUUUCUGUCCAUAGCCCGACACCCAUUUACCGGUAAAUAACCAGUUCAUGUCUCCACUCGUUAGCCUUGGGCCCUCUGCACUGUGCACCGCGCAGGUGGGCUGGGAGCUAACUAGUGGCGCCGCUCAUUUACGAUUACCUCUGCAAACCACGUCUCAGUGGCAGAAGGACAUUGCUGUGGAAACAUGGUGGCCCCCAGGUCACCUCGAUUUCCCUGUGAGCCCGUCUCCAGAUAAGGUGACUUUAAGCACCCUGAGUGCUCGUCCCGUGAGACGCUGGUCAUUUGAAAGUGAAUGUCCGAGCAGCACAGAGAGCUUUUGUGAGCAGUGACACAAUAGAGCUCUUAAACCUUCCAGAGGGGAGACGAAGAGAGAAUGGGGGAGAAGUUGAUUUCCCUCACCUGUCAUGGUAUAAAAUACCUCCCCAAGCUGUCAAGAUGUUAGUUGUAGAGUUGCCGGUGCUGGUGGCUUGUUGAAGAGCCAUGAGGAUCCUCUGACAUCAGAAUAUAUAAAGAGGUUUUUCCCCAACAGCAUCACAGCAUGGCUUCUGUUGGUGCUUUGUUAAUGCUUCUACCUGUUGCAUGGACAUGCUCUCCCCAAAAAGCAGACUAUGUUAUGGUGUCAUGUUUCCCCAACGCUAUCAUUGCCAACGUCCCUGAGUGUCCGUACGGCUGGGAGAUCGACCAGCUGUCCCUGGGUGGAGUUUGCUACUCUGGAAUACACAGUCCAGGCUACUACCGCUUCAUCAUCCCAGACCUGACGCCCAAAAACCACUCGUAUUGCGGCACGCAGUCUGAGUACAUGCCCGGCAAAGAUCCCAAGUACAUCUUCUACAACUCCAUCGUGUCCAACGACACGUCGCUCACAGUCAGAAACCAGCCGGUCAACUACACCUUCAGCUGCAUGUACCGAGCAGCCUACCUGGUAAAUAACGCAGUGUUCAGCCAAAGAGUGGCUACAGUUUAUGUCAACAACGGGAGUUUAGGCACUUUUAGGUCACAGUUGUCUAUGAACGUGUUCACGAAUUCAAAGUUCCUGUACGCCAAGGACGCCCCGUAUGUGAUCGACACCUCUGAGAUCGGCUCUGAAGUCUUCAUCGGCAUCGAGGCCAAAGGACUAAGUAACAGAUUCAAAGUUGUGAUAAACAACUGCUGGGCCACUCCUACUCCAUACUCAACAGACAAGAAGAGGUGGAGUCUCAUCAUCAACAGCUGCUCCUCUGACAACACUGUGACGAUUUUUGAGAACGCCAAAGACAGCCGCUCCAUGUUCAAGUUCAACUCUUUCCGCUUCCAACGUCUGGAGAAGGUUUCCACUGUCUGGCUUCACUGUGAGGUCCAGGUCUGUGAUGGAGAGAGGCUCAAUUGUCAACCAGGUCCCUGCUCUUUUAGAAGUCUGUCAUCAGAGGCGGAUCCAAGUGGGGGGAUCCUUACGGCUGAGUUUCACAUUAAAGGUAUUAAUUCCUCCAAUAAUGGACACAUGAAAGGCACGUCACUAUUCAUCCUGCUGGUGGUCCUCAUAAACAUGUGCUGUGAUUUAGCAACCGGAUCAAGAAUGUAGUAAAAACUUGUAUUCGUGUCACCACCACACUCUCAUUAUCUCACAGACAUUAUUUGUAAUUAGCACGUUUAUUGAUGCUUUGGAUAAUCUUUUAAAAUGUCACACACAUUC